AUGUCGAAAAUUGAGUACCGAAGCGUCAUAAAAUUCUUGUUUAAAGAAGGAUUAUCUCCCGCUCAAAUCAAAGACCGUUUAGAUGACGUGUACGGCGAGUCUUCUCCUUCGUAUAGCACCGUAAAAAACUGGGUAAACGAGUUUCGAUUUGGUCGGGAAAUUGUCGAAGAUCUAGGACACGAAGGAAGACCAGUGGAGGUCCUCACUCCUGAAAAUAUUAACAGCGUCCAGGAGGAAGUUUUAAGUGAUCGCCGCCUAAAGAUCAGGGAAAUUGCAGCAAGGCUAGGGCUUUCUAAGAGCACCGUCCACCGCAUAAUUCAUGAUCAUCUUCAUAUGAGUAAGGUCAGUGCAAGGUGGGUGCCUAAACUUCUGUCAGCGGUUCAAAAAGAAGAACGAGUGAAAUGUGCUUCACAAUUUUUGGAGCUCUGUGGUGAAAACCCUAAAAACAUAAUUGAACGGCUAGUGACUGGAGACGAAACAAUGGUGCUUUAUUAUGAUCCCGAGAGCAAACGCGAGUCGAUGGAGUGGCGUUUUAAAAACGAAAAGCCCCCUAUUAAAGCGAAGGUGCACAAUCAGUCCAGCAAAAAGCUGAUGUGCACAAUCUUUUGGGAUUGCCAUGGUAUCCUGAUGGUCGAUUUUAAAGAACGUAAUACCGUUAUAAAUGGCGAGUACUAUGCUUCUUUGAUCCACAAAUUGCGGGCUUCAAUAAAGGAAAAGCGACGAGGAAAGCUAGCCAAAGGAGUACUGCUGCUACACGUCAAUGCUCCCGUGCAUACCGCCUUCGUGGCCAAGACUGCAGUUCGCGAGUGCGGGUUCACUGAGGUCGACCAUCCCCCGUAUAGUCCGGACAUGGCUCCCAGUGACUACUUUUUAUUCCCAAACCUGAAGCGAGACUUGCGAGGAAAAAAAUUUUUUAAUGACGAAGACCUAGAGGCGACUGUUUUAGGUCAUUUUGAAGACAAAACUUCAAGCGAUAUUAUCCGCCAUUACCGCAUAGGCCCAUCGGGCUACAACGCCGCGCCGGCGGGCUACCACGAUCCGGGCGCCUUUACCACGCUACCACCAAGACCACAGCCUUAA